UGUUUAUUUUCCUCCAGCCACAGAUGGUUUUAAAGGUUGUAGAGACACAGUAACACAGUCGGGGAUGAUGAGACCACAGCUCUGCCAACAUCAUAAGCUCCGAUCAUCUCGGUUAUUUUAAAACGCUAUUUUUCUUAUAGUUGAAGUUAACAAAGCAUAGUGUGGCGAACUUUUGAACAUCUUCCGUUUAUUUUGUUGUAAAUUCACUUAUCUUGAAAGAGAAUUUAUGUCUAUGAUCAAGUCGCUUUUAAUGAUGUCCAUGUGCAUUUGGAGAGCAGUCUCGCAGCUGAUGAAGACCCGUUUCAACACGAACAGAAAUCUUUGCGCUUAACUUUGUUACCAAGAAAAAUAUCUUGAAGGAAAAGUAUUGUUUGGACAGUUCUGGCACAGGACACAAGCCCUAAUAAUGUUAAUGCUCGUGCUCUUUUAUGUCUUCUUAUCCAUACGAGCUGGCGAUGGUUUUCCCAGUUACAAAUUUGACUACAUGGAUGAAGACUUAGCGACCUUCGACUAUUAUAAAGGUGCGGAUGAGUUUGACGAGCGGAACGGGACGGAGGUGUGCGAGGCGUGCGUGCCGGACCUGUGUCCGCUCGCGCGGGGCUGUAGAGCGGGGCUGGUGAAGGACAGCUGCGGCUGCUGCUAUGAGUGCGGGAAUCUAGAGGGACAGGCAUGUGACCUCGGACGGAGGAACGUCUAUUAUGGGCUGUGUGGAGAAAAUUUGGAGUGCCAGCUGGAGAGGUCUGAAGGAGUCGACGAAGAGGAGCAAGAACCCCAGUGUGUUUGUUUGUCUCAGAAGAUUCUGUGCGGGUCAGACGGACAAACAUACACGAAUCUCUGCAAGUUUAAAGAAGCGACUUUUUUAAACCCAGGACUCAAAACGACCGACGGGCCAUGCAAAACGGUCCCCGUCAUCAAGGUGCCACCACAUAAUCUGGUGAAUGUGACGGGAAGCAGUGUUGCAUUUCUGUGCGAGGUGUUUGCAUUUCCCAUGGCAUUGGUGGAAUGGAGGAAAGAUGGAAAAGAGGUCGUUUUACCUGGCGAUGAUCCCCACAUAUCAAUUCAGUCACGAGGGGGUCCUCAGAAGUAUGAGCUCUCUAGUUGGCUGCAGAUUGAAAUGGCCAGUCAGAUGCAUUCUGGCACAUACAGGUGCAUCGCUCGAAAUGCGCUCGGCCAAGUUUCAGCCACAGCAAUUUUAGGGGUGUUGCCACCAGAUGAGAUGUCUGCGUAUUUGGAACAAAACAAGAAUGCAGCGAUGGACUAUGACCAAUUACAGGACUACGACAGGGAUUAUUACUAAACCUUGGAUGCAAACACCCUCAAGCAUACAUUCUUACUGAGUGAGACAUUCAAUUUAAAACUUGGCGAAAAGACAAUCAGGACACGAUUGUAUAUAAGACUGUAAAGAACAAAAAAAAAACCACUACGGAAUUUCUGGAACAUCUGGGCAGUGAAACAUGCAGACGGAUGGCGAGGAAGAGCUCGAGUGAAUUCCCAACGGUACAGGCCUCUGAGACGGAUGAAAAACACAGAAAAGAGACGACUGGAGGAGUGAGUAGGUCACUUCAGGAGCUAGAUGGCUCAGUUUAGAAAAGAGAAAAUCAAUGUCUCUUUUGUUCAACCAGUGCUGUUCUUCAAAGCCCUCGUGACCAGCUGGAUAGCUAAACACACAAAGUGAAGAGACAUGAGAAACCGAAGAGUGAAUUUUGAGCACCUUCCAAGUCUUCUCAAAAUUGUGACGCCUUUGCACAAACAAAUCUAGAGGGGCAUCACAGUUUUGAGUCAUUCUUUUUCUCUUCAAAGCAGAAUGCUUUGUAUCAGCCUUUGGGUUUAUAUACAGUUCCCACAUAUGGCAUCUCUUUAACCAGACAUCCCUUUGAGCGUGUGUUAGACUUGGGUUAGCCACUCCACAGCUGGCUUUAAUACAUCUUUAUGAUCUCCUGGUUAAAGCAGCCAUCCUAUUUAAAUGUUUACGUGCUUAAAACUCACACUUGUCUUUCUUCAUUGAAAAAACACACGGCCGCUUAUUGAUACAACAAACAUCUUGACUUGUAAUUUCACCUCUGUUAAGUGAGGGGAGACCUGUAGUUAACAGGAAGGCUGUGGAUAACGCAGCUUUUUAAUCUGUCUGCUCUCCUCUGGCCUCCCCUUUCAUAAUGUUCUCUGGUUUCUUCAACUUCUUCAUAAUUAGGGUUACAGCAAUUGCAUGUAAUGGUAGGUUAGAUUGCUACCACAUUAUUUAAACAGUGUAAAAUGUUUACGUUUUGACACUUUGCUGUUUCCAACAUAAAAGGCCUCUAAUUAUAGGAUCUGUGAAACCUUUUAUGUUUUGCAUACCUGUAUUUUACUGUAUAGAGAGUUAUACAGAUUCAUGUACUAUAGCAUUCUUUCCAAAAACAUUAUUUGGGGAAUAAACCACAUUUAACAACAAAUGGUUGCAGAGUCCAUUUGCGCGACUUCAUCUCGACAUCAGCUGUUAAAGCAAUUAGACUGAGGUCAGAAAUCCUUCCACACUGCGAGCACCCGGGGACAUACGCCUGUUUCCUUUCGCUUUAAACAAGCAAACACUCGGAAGCUACUGGUGCUGAAACAGAUUUUGUAUGAUGUGUCAAAUAUAAGAUUUAAGGACAAUAUGUUAUGGUUGUCCCAGGGCUUGGGACAAUCUUCCAGCACCAACUAAUAUAAUGUUAUAAUAACAGCGCUCAUUCAGAAAAUGCAUAUCUUGUUGUUUCCCCCAAACAAGUAGAUGGUUUUAUUUUCAUAGGAGUCCGUUUUCUGCCUAUUUCAGUUUCCCCUCGGUUUCUAUGGAAAACUGGGGAAAUAGUCAGGGAUUGUAUGACAAUCCACAGCCAGAAGCGAGGGACUUCCCAUCUCUGGCCAAGUAUCCGCCAAUAUCCUGUGUCGUGAAAAGACAUUACUGGCACAGAGAUGGGAGACCAAAAAAGUCGGAGGCCUGAAUUCUUACGGAGUGAAAACCAUGUGUGCAUCCAGAAUUUAAACAAUAAUUCUGAGAAAUGCAGUGGACCACCAUCUUGAUGCCUCUUUAUGUUUGAAGACUAUCAGACGAAUUAAAGGGAAAGUUCUCCAUCUUUUACUCGUACUUGAGCUGUUCAAAAUCUGCAUUAAUUUCUUUGUUCUGUUAAACACUAAAGAAGAUAUUUUAAAGAAUGUAGUAAAGGAAACAGUUCUGGGAUAUUUGCAUUCUUACAAAUUUCCUUUUCUGUGUA